AUGCGGGGAGAUGCUUCUUCAAGACUCCCUCUUGGCACAAUAAACGUUAUUUUUGCUGCCCUGGGGAGAACUGGCUCUCGUCCUUCCAAGAUACUGUCAGUAUCCCGAUCUCCAACCGAGGAGUGUAGCUUAACGUCUAAAAGACCCAGGAUGGACAUCCCGUUGGUUUUGGGUUUUUCAGAUGAAGACAAAGUAGGAACCAUACAGCCACAUAAUGAUGCUCUAGUGGUCACAUUGAUCGGCGGGUACGAUGUGAGAAGGGUAAUGGUUGACCAGGGUAGCGCUGCUGAUAUAAUGUACCCUAACUUAUACAAGGGGAUAGGUUUGAAGCCUGAGCACUUGACAACUUACAGUUCACCUUUGGUGGGUUUUGAGGGAAGAAUGGUCAUCCCAAAAGGUCAAAUAAGGCUACCUGUGCAGGCCAGUACGGAUGUGGUGGAGGUGGACUUUAUUGUCGUAGAUGUUUUCUCUCCAUACACGGCUAUUAUGGGCUGA